CUUGCGUGACGCGCGGAGUAGGCGCACAGUCAGCUGCGAAGGAAUGGGGGACGCUAACAUGCGCGCGGAGCUCGGCUCCCCGGGCCGGAGAUUAGGUACACUCGCAAGGCACCUGGGCGUCGACUACUCGCCUGCUUCAUCCUCUCUCAUGGCGUCCCACAACGCUAGCGAGAUCGUCACCCCCUCGCCGACCGCCGGAUCCUACGGCGGAUCGGUCUUCGCCAACGUCGUCCAGGCGCCGGAGGACCCGAUCCUUGGGGUGACAGUUGCAUACAACAAGGAUCCGAGUCCCGUAAAGGUGAAUCUGGGAGUUGGGGCCUAUCGAACCGAGGAUGGAAAGCCCCUUGUACUAAAUGUGGUGAGGCGAGCAGAGCAACUGCUAGUGAAUGAUCCAUCUCGUGUGAAGGAGUACCUCCCUAUUACUGGAUUGGCAGAUUUCAACAAACUGAGUGCUAAACUAAUCUUUGGAGCUGACAGUCCUGCCAUUCAGGAAAAUAGGGUGGCCACUGUCCAAUGUUUGUCUGGUACUGGCUCGCUGAGGGUUGGAGGCGAGUUUCUGGCAAGGCAUCACCAUGAACAUACAAUUUACAUUCCACAGCCGACAUGGGGAAACCAUCCAAAAGUUUUUACAUUAGCUGGCCUAUCUGUCAAGACUUACCGCUAUUAUGAUCCGACAACAAGAGGACUGAACUUUCAAGGUUUGCUAGAAGAUCUAAAUAUGGCUCCCCGUGGAGCAAUCGUGCUUCUUCAUGCAUGUGCACAUAAUCCUACUGGUGUGGAUCCAACUCUUGAUCAGUGGGAGCAGAUUCGAUUGCUGAUUAGAUCAAAGGGCUUGCUACCUUUCUUUGACAGUGCUUAUCAGGGAUUUGCAAGUGGAAACCUAGAGGCUGAUGCACAAUCAAUUAGGAUGUUUGUUGCUGAUGGUGGUGAAUGCCUCACUGCUCAAAGCUAUGCCAAGAACAUGGGCCUCUAUGGGGAGCGUGUCGGUGCACUAAGCAUUGUCUGCAAGAGUGCGGAUGUGGCAGUUAGGGUGGAAAGUCAGCUGAAGCUUGUGAUUAGGCCUAUGUACUCUAAUCCUCCUAUUCAUGGUGCUUCUAUUGUGGCUACUAUUCUAAAAGACAGAGAAAUGUACCACGAAUGGACUAUUGAGUUGAAAGCUAUGGCUGAUCGAAUAAUCAGGAUGCGCCAACAGCUCUUUGAUGCUUUACGUACUAGAGGGACGCCUGGUGACUGGAGUCACAUCGUCAAACAGAUUGGAAUGUUUACUUUCACAGGGCUUAAUAGAGAGCAAGUGACCUCCAUGACCAAAGAGUAUCAUAUUUACAUGACUUCUGAUGGGAGGAUCAGCAUGGCUGGUUUGAGCUCCAAAACUGUCCCUCAUCUUGCUGGUGCCAUUCAUGCAGCAGUUACUCGCAUCAAGUGACAAAUGGAGACCCUGGUAUAGAUUUAGCCUUCUUCAAGCAUCUUUUGCAUCUAUCCAUCUGUUAGGGUUGGCCAAUUUUGUCAUCUUCCAUUCCUAAUUCCGUAAUAAAUUUGUGCAAUAAGAUGUGGAAACAAUGUCUCCAGAUUUAUGCUUGCUGUUUCUGGCAGUAAUAGUUUUUUUAUGAGUUCUGCCUGUAAAACUAAUGGAAUUUUAUGGAGCGUGGAUGUUUGUGAUGCUUCAGAUUGCCACAAUAACUCUGAUCUACUAUCAGUUCAACCA